CGACACCUUUCUCUCUUUCAUCUGAAUCCGAGGAGCAAGAGUGCGAGACGGUGUAAAACCCUAAGUAGUAGAACAAUGGUGAAGCUAACUGCUGAUUUGAUCUGGAACAGUCCUCACUUCUUCAAUGCCAUCAAGGAGCGAGAGUUGGAGCUACGAGGUAACAAGAUUCCUGUAAUCGAGAACUUGGGUGCUACCGAGGACCAGUUCGAUACGGUAGAUCUGUCUGAUAAUGAGAUAGUUAAGCUGGAAAACUUCCCACUUCUCAACCGGUUAGGGACUCUGAUUGUAAAUAACAAUCGGAUCACUCGGAUAAACCCUAACAUUGGAGAGUUCUUACCGAAGCUGCACACUUUGGUUCUUACGAACAACAGGCUUGUGAAUUUGGUUGAGAUUGAUCCCCUAGCCUCCAUUCCAAAGCUUCAGUACCUUAGUUUAUUGGAUAAUAAUAUCACCAAAAAGCCGAAUUAUCGCCUUUAUGUGAUUCACAAGCUCAAAUCGCUUCGGGUGCUGGAUUUCAUUAAAGUUAAAUCCAAGGAGAGAGCUGAAGCUGCAGCUUUGUUUUCAUCUAAGGAAGCAGAAGAGGAAGUUAAGAAGGUAUCUCAGCAGGAGAUUCAAAAAGUGUCAGAUACUAUAGAAGAUGCAGAGGCUCCAAAAGUGGUGGCCCCAACACAGGAGCAGAUUUUAGCAAUCAAGGCUGCUAUUAUCAAUUCCCAGACGAUAGAAGAAAUUGCCAGACUCGAACAGGCUUUGAAGUUUGGCCAGGUUCCUGCAGGCCUGAUAGUUCCUGAUCCUUCGUCUGGUGUUAAGGACGGUUCUGCUCCUAUGGAGGAAUAGAAAGUGUGUGGCAAUUGCUCGUCCAAUCAUGGUAGCUGCUACUUGAAUGUCAUAACAAUUAUUUGUAAUCUUUAGUCUGCAUUUGCAGAGAGGUUGAGAGAGAAAGGCUUGCACACAGAAUUUGCCAAAUGCUCUUUUUGCAUUAUAGUUUCUUUCUCAGUUUAUCUUGCAUCUCAUCUAUUAAUGUAAGUCAUUUACUGAGAAAUUUAACUAGAUGAGAAACGUAUGGAGUUGAUUAUUUUUCGUGGA